AUGGCGACGGAGGCGUUUUCUGUGUCGCGUGACAAGCUCACCGGGCCCAAGGACAGCACCAUUCUCAUCACCGGAGGGAGCGCUGGCAUCGGAUUGCAAACGGCCAUUUUACUGCACGACCUCGGCAACAAUAUCAUUGUCGUCGACCGGGCGCAACCUCAUCCAUCGGCACCGAAAUCGCUGAUCUCGUCACCACGAUUCCUGUAUCAGCAGUGCGAUAUCACCUCAUGGAAAUCACAGCGGGGUGCUUUUGAGGCAGGGAUCCACAAAUUUGGUUCGAUUGGGGCUGUGUUCGUCAAUGCCGGAAUUGCAGAGUACAAGGAUCAGUUUUUCAAAGAUGAGUUGGAUGAAGAUGGAUUGCUCCAGGAGCCCGAUCGAAGGACGGUUGACAUCGACAUGCACGCAGCUAACGACACCGCAAAACUAGCCAUUUACUACCUGAAGAAAAAGGGAGGGAGUAUUGUCAUGACUGCGAGUCUGGCAGGGUAUCUGGCAAGUGCCGGAGCUCCUCUCUACAGUGCGGCGAAACACGGAGUAGUGGGGUUAAUGCGAGCUCUCAAAAACGACACGGCGAAAUUGGGAAUUGCCAUUUCAGUGGUGGCGCCGGGCAUCACAUUGACAGACAUCAUCUCUGGCCGAAAGCCUGGAGAACCUCUCCAGGAUUGGGCGAAGAGGAUGCGAGGCUUGGGGGUGCCAAUUAAUGAUCCACAAGAGAUUGCUGAUUGUGUGGUGUACCUGAUGAGCCAGGGAAUGGAAGCCAAUGGCAAAGGAUUGUUGAUCCAGGCUGGCAGAGUCGCAGAUUUGGAAAGUGGAAUUGCAAGGUCGAGGAAGAUCUGGAUGGGAGAGGAGAUGUUGAGGCUGUUUAGGGGAGGAAGAGACGCACCUCUGUUUCCUAAUCGGUUGUAG